AUGACGGCUCGUUUGGAAGUCGCAGAGGAACCCGUGUCACUGGCAGCCACUCAUCCUCACCUGUUACCGAGCGAUAUUCAAUCGGACAUUAAACACAAUCUAGACUCAUUGGUUAAUCAGUUGUGCAAUACACGAUUGGGCACCAACCAACAUCAGCGACUGCUGCUGCUGCGCCAACGGCAGCUGAUUGAAGAGGACGAGCUGCGCCCUAAGCAUUAUGAGGAAUACGAAAAGUUUCAAAAGGCACUGCGCCAAUGUUGAUUUUAAACAAAUGAGAGGAAACAGCAUUGCAUAA